UAAUUAUUUUUGUCGAGUUGAUUAUUAGCAGACGAAACCCGUAAAGGCAGGUAUAAAGCAACAUUCCGGGUUUCUGACAGUCUUCUGCCUUCCUUCGUCCCGAAACAAACAUGGAAACAGACACCAGUUUAGAAUAUCUCUCUUUUCGAAGCAAUAUUCCCUGUCGCAAAAUUGUUUUAGAUGAUUCUGAAAAGGUGUGGACAAUAUACGAUGGUGGACCAAAAACUGUCAGAACUCCACUUAUAUGUUUACCCCCAGUUAGUGGAACUGCUGACACAUUUUUCCAGCAAGUUCUUGGUCUGAGUGCCAAAGGAUACAGAGUCAUCUCCCUCAGCUACCCUGUCUACUGGAGCAUCAAUGAAUGGUGUGAAGGCUUCCGUAAGUUGUUAGACUUCCUGCAGUUAGAUCAAGUUCAUCUAUUUGGAGCAUCAUUAGGGGGGUUUCUAGCCCAAAAGUUUGCUGAGUAUACUCACCGUUGUCCAAGGGUACUCUCAUUAGUACUUUGUAAUUCCUUCACUGAUACAUCUGUUUUCCAGUAUGGUGAUUCAGCUCCCUUCUUGUGGAUGUUACCCUCUAUGGUUUUGAAAAAAAUGGUUAUGGGGAACUUCGGUAGCGAGAAAAUGAUGGAAUCUGUCGUUGCAGAUUCGGUUGAUUUUAUGGUGGAAAGGCUGGAAAGUCUAUCGCAAGCGGAGUUAGCUUCUAGGCUAACACUGAAUUGUGGCAGUAGUUACGUCCACGUCGAUAAGUUGCAACAAUAUUGCGUUACCAUAAUUGAUGUCUUCGAUGACUGCGCUAUCGCCUCACCUGUAUGUGAGGAUAUGUACAGGAGUUAUCCUCAUGCCAGCAUGGCUCACCUUAAGAACGGAGGCAAUUUCCCUUACCUUAGUCGUUGCGACGAAGUUAAUCUACAUCUUCAAGUUCAUCUUCUUCGAUUUGAGAGAACGCGCGGUGGCAAUACUUUCAAAGAUUAAGUUGUAACUUCCAGUACGUUUUACGUGAACCUGAAUUUCGUCACAUCUCAGUCAUACUAAGUAGAUGCAACUUUGAACGUAUAUUGCAAAAUACUGCAUUCCCAUUGCUCCCAAAUGUUGCCUUUCUUUUAUCGCCAAACCUUUAAAUGAUCUAAUAUUUUGAAAUUUGUCGUGUCUUGAAAAAACUCUUAGAAUCGUAAGCCCCGACGACAGUGUAAUUGUUUGACUGGGCAUCUGUUAGGUAAGCAGGCUAUAAUGUUUUAUCCUCCCCUUUUUUGUUUGAUUUUCAAGGGACUUUUCUUUAUUGAUUGUCUGUUAUUACGAACUCGGUUAAGUAUGGCAAGCUAUUGCUCUACCAAUAUCCCUCGGAAUUCCAUGUUUUGCCUUGUAUCCAAUUGUGAUGACUGAAUAAUCAGAACGGGUGAGGAAACCCCCAAUUAUUUUUGCGAAAACUCGUCGGCUUUAUACACGUUUCAGUUAAGUUUAGUUGUGUUGACGUCGCAAUAAUAUUAUCUGACUGCUGUGUACGAAAUAAAACAAUAAUUUCUUACUUGUUUUCUUGAUUUUUAAAAAGCGAAAAUUACGGUUUGGCAAACUGCGCGCUCAAGAUGUGAAAACUGAUAUAUUUUGAGGAUUACAGCAGUACAGAUAUACAUGGGAGACGAUCAACUCUAGAACAUAAAAGAACCAGAUUAUAAUGAAGGUAAAAUAACUCAAGAAUGUGAAAAAAAAACUCCGAAAGUUCAGCUGUGGGGAAUCAUAACUGUAUAUGCCGGUUUGUUUUUGAAAGAAAAAAUGCCUUUGACAUGAAAAUCGUCGUAACAGUGUUACUAUAAAGCGUUAAAAUGACAAGCACACAGUGAGGAGAAAGUUGGGUGUUAUAUUAUAUCAUCUAGGCGGGAUUGAAUAGACCUCAAUAUCAGCACACAAUAAACUA